AUGCUGAGAGCUUCUUUUACCCAACUGGCGCGUCGCUCCUACGCGUCCGCUUCCAAGUCUCUAACAAUUGGUUUAAUUCCAGGUGAUGGUAUCGGUAAAGAAGUGAUUCCUGCGGGCAGACAAGUUUUGGAGAACCUUUCCAGUAAGCACGGUCUGAAAUUCGACUUCAUCGACCUGCAGGCUGGGUGGCAGACUUUCCAGGAAACUGGAAAAGCGCUGCCAGAUGAAACUAUCGACAUCCUGAGAAAUCAGUGCCAAGGUGCUCUGUUUGGCGCUGUGCAGUCGCCAACUAACAAAGUUGAAGGCUACUCGUCACCCAUUGUGGCUCUGAGGAAAAAGCUUGGGCUAUAUGCCAACGUACGUCCCGUCAAGUCCGUCUUGCCACAAGAGAGACCUGUCGAUAUGAUUAUCGUGAGAGAAAACACCGAGGAUCUGUACAUCAAGACUGAGAAAACCUACAUUGACGAAAAAACCGGCACUCGUGUUGCUGAGGCCAUCAAAAGAAUUUCAGAGACUGCUACCAAGAACAUCGCCAACAUCGCUUUGGAGAUUGCUCUGCAAAGGCAGAAGGUUAACGGAGAGGCCACUUUGACUGUUACACACAAGUCCAACGUGCUUUCUCAAAGUGACGGUUUGUUCAGAGAAGUCUGCAGACAAGUUUACGAAAGCAACAAAGACAAGUUUGGCUCUAUCAAAUACAACGAACAGAUUGUUGACUCAAUGGUUUACAGGAUGUUCAGGGAGCCAGAGUGCUUCGACGUUAUUGUUGCCCCCAACUUGUAUGGUGACAUUUUGUCCGAUGGUGCUGCUGCGCUCGUGGGUUCGCUUGGUGUCGUGCCAAGCGCCAACGUUGGCUUCGACUUUGUAGUCGGAGAGCCAUGUCACGGUUCUGCCCCAGACAUCGCGGGCAAGGGUAUAUCUAACCCUGUUGCGACCAUCAGAUCCACCGCCUUGAUGUUGGAGUUUAUGGGCCAUCCAGAAGCUGCUCAAGACAUCCACAAAGCUGUCGACGCAAACCUGCGUGACAACUCUAUCAAGACACCAGACCUUGGCGGCAAAUCAACUACCCAACAAGUAGUCGAAGAUGUUCUCUCCAGAAUGUAA